AUGCAUUCAAUUUGGAGUAGAGGAAAUACAAUCUUUGCCUUUACGUUGACUGUGCUAAGCGCUGUUACUUUGAUGGCCUUUCUGACAUCAAUGUUUGCGGUUAAAAGUGUCAAAGUUGAGAUAAGCGCUGCAAAUCCUCGGAUACGGAGUAUGUCAGAUUACACUAAUGAGGAAGGGAAGAGUGAUCUUGCAAUGGUUUCUUUAAAUAUACAUGCAGAUAUGUCACCAAUCUUUAAUUGGAAUGUUAAACAAUUGUUUAUUUUUUUGGUUGCGGAAUAUUCAACAAUGAAAAAUGUAAUUAAUCAAGUUGUUUUGUGGGAUAAAAUUGUAAAACGCCCGGAUUCGCAAGUGAUUUUGGAAGAAUCGAUUCACCCAAAAUAUUAUUUUCUGGAUGAUGGUUCAAAUUUGCUUAGUCAUCAAAAUGUAACUCUUAUUCUUAAAUGGAAUAUAGUGCCAAAUGCAGGACGUUUAGAGGAUUCUCAGGGUGAUGGUCAAUUUAUUCUUAAAUUUCCGUCCAAUUAUGUUUCUGGUCGUUUUUGA